AUGAAAGGAAAAGACAAUCCGGCCCCACCCAACAAUGUUGAUAAAUGCGUGACAAUAUGCGUGCCACCUAGUAUAGUCACUACCGAUGAAGCCACGAAUAAAAUAACGUCAGUGGCCUUAGGUGGGGCGAUGCCCGCGCGACAUGUCUCACCUUUGUACCCGAGGAAACUUAAGCCGGAGUCGUUAUAUGAGCGGCGCCAAGGCUUGAACCAUCGCUUCGCUAGUCCAAGGCUUUUACAUUUGAGUCCGUGUCGCGGUAACCGACCAUCUUCCCGAAAUUCGUUCUCGUCUCGUCUCUCCAGCAGUCAUAACUCACUCAUCACGCAGUUCCAAGCGGACGACUCGAGCUUCAUCACCCAAGCGAUAUCACACGAUACGCUCUCUGCUAAAACAUCCGACAUAACUGAUAUGUACAACGUCCCGUUCGACAGCGAUAUCUACGCAGUCCCCAUAGACAUGGUUAGACCCAGCCACAGCACUACCAGAGGGAAACCCAAAAAGACAACAAGACCAAACAAAAGACGCGGCAAGAGCACGCCGCAGAACAUAGGCAGUAACUUUGCACCGUCCGAAAGAAAUCAUAAGCCGAAGGAUUCUAUUAGACAAAAAGACGCAAAAACAAAGAGGCACAGCCUGCCAAGCUCUUCGUGCAAAAAAAGCACCACCGAUUCUGACACAGAUUCCCUACAUUUGACAUUGCGUGAGAUGAGAAAGUACUUGCACACUCUGUACUCCAGCUCUAGUGAAUCUGAAUGUCGUAACACUAUCAACAAAAAGAGUAGUACGAUAAUAACGAACGUCGGUAUCCACGUGAGACAUAGAAACAAUGAAAGUAACGCGGCUGUAUUCCUGAAGGAGAACAACGAAGUCUCCCGAACAGUAGAGACGAAUAACAAUCAUAGGAAUACGAACAAGAACUCAGUGGUGAUAACUGCGAAGAACAAGAAGCAUAAAGAAAACAUCCCAAAAGAUAUCAUUGAGGUGGACAAAAGUGAAAAGAGUGGCAAGAAGACGUCUAAUGUUAAAGCGAAGAUGUCGCCUGUAAGGAUAUUAUCAAUGAACUUGAAGCAGAGUUUUUGCAACUUGUUUCGGUGGCGGCGUACGAUAUCGGAGGAAGCCGGGACGGUGGCGACAGCGGUAUCGGGAGCGGAGCGGGCGGUCACGAGUUCCGCACCAGCUGCAGUGCGACGCGCCCUGCCGCCUCUACCGCAAUCGCCUCAGACUUCACACGCGCGCCGUACCAACAACGAGGAUACGAUAAUGGACUUCGCCACCUCCAUACAGAAAGUCAAGGACUACCCCUGGUAUUGGGGUCCCAUAUCGGUGGAGGCUGCAGAGAAAAUCCUAUCCAACGAACCAGAUGGAUCGUUCAUCGUGCGCGACAGUAGUGAUGACCACUAUAUCUUCACCCUCACCUUCAAACUCAACGGGCUGCGCCACGUCCGGAUAGAACAUGAUCAGGGGAACUUUUGUUUCGGCGGAUGCACGAUGUUUAAGGCGCAGACGAUCGUGGAGUUCAUUGAGAACGCUGUUGAAACUUCACGCUCUGGGCGCUACCUAUUCUUUCUGAACCUCCGACCCGUGCUUGGACCUGUGCGCGUCCAACUUCUGUACCCUGUGUCGCGCUUCAAACGCGUACAAAGCUUGCAGCAUAUGUGCCGGUGA